AUGGACAGCUACAAGAGCAUUCCUCUAGCUCCACAACCUCCAGAAUUGGUCCAAACUCCUAACCAAGCACAAGUGGCCACGCCCACAGUUGGAGAUUGUGAUGUUCCUCAUUAUGAUGGGUUUAGUUAUGGAAUCCAUCCUCCACCCAUUGAAGCCCACGCCUAUGAGAUCAAGCCAAGUUUGAUAAGGUUGAUUCAAAGCUCUAAGUUCUUGGGAAAUGGAUUGGAGAAUCCUUGUGAUCACUUGGACUACUUUGAGAGGUUGUGUAGCACGUUUAGGAUCUGUGGUGUGCCUGAAGAUAGUAUCAAGCUCAUCUUGUUUCCAUUCUCACUUGGAGAAAAGGCAAGCCAAUGGGAGAGAGCCAUACCAUCUCAUUUGGUCAAUUCUUGGGAUGAUUGCAAGAGAGUCUUCCUUCUAAGGUUCUAUCCCAUACAAAGAACACACCAAAUGAGGAGAAACAUCUUGAGCUUCCAACAAGGCAGCCAUGAAACCUUUCAUGAGGCAUGGGAAAGGUUGAGAGGAUACACUAGGAAUUGUCCACAUCAUAGGUUUACAAGAGAAGCUAUACUUAGCCAUUUCUAUUGGGGAGUUGCAAAGGAGCAGAAAUGGACAUUGGAUGUAGCUAGCAAAGGAAGUUUUCUAAACCUCACCAUAGAGAAGGAGAGCUACUUGUUGACAACUUGUCCAGGAGUGAGGAAAGCUACAAUGAAAGCCAUGAUCCAAUCCCCAAAGAGAGUUUCACCAAGAGGAAGCCAAUUUCGUGGUCCAGAAUGGGAAUCCAACCAAAAGAGUAUGUCUCUCAAUCAUUGGUCCAACCAUGGAGUUCAAGGAAUUCAACAAAGCUACCAAGAGAACCAUGAGCCUUCUCAGAUCUCUAAUAAUGCCUCUGUUGAGGUUAAUGAAGAAAUGACACCACUUGGUUAUAAUGGAAAACUUGGUGAACCCCAGCAUGAAGAAGAGGCUAAGGACGUGGGCACAGCUCAAGACUAUGGUUUGGAAUCCAUCCAAUGGGCUCAUGAAGAAGAGAGUGAUCUUGAGGAGGUUCAAGAGGAUGCAUUUUCUCUCAAUGAAAAAUGUGUAAGCUAUUUCUUCUUUCCCUCAUUGGAGAUUAAGGAGAAUAGUUUUGCUGAACGUGAUGAGGGUGCAGUGGUGAAGAAAACUAAUCAGAAAAAGCUUCAUGAGUGUGUCAAAGGCGUCCUAGAUGGAGAGUGUCUACAAAGCUUGUUUGGUGAGCACAUGGAAAGUGCUCAAGAGAAGGACGUGGGUAGAGCCACAAGGGCUAAUCUGGAAACCACAAGGAAGAUGAAAGAACCCCAACCUCUCUCCAUUGAUCCAUCUCCCAACAAACUAAGUUUGAUCCCUCUAAGGUUUAAGGAUGGGAAGAUUGAGUACAAGAUCAAGUGCAAGGGAAAGUCUAAACCCUUUUCCAGUAUCAAUGCCUUGGUCAGUCCUGAGCUUCAAAAAGAUCAAACCAAGCUCAAGGAGCUCCUAUCUUCAGUCCUUACUGUCACCUUUGAUGGUGGGACCGCUCUCAUUCAUGCCUAA